CGGGGGAGCCGGGCAGGAUGAGCGCGGCCCCGGACACCUCCCGCGCCCCCCAGCCGCUGCUCCGCUUCCCCGACGGGGCGGGCGGGCCGGGCGGCGGGCGGGCGGCGCGGGGGGGCCGCGCCCCGGGGCCGUGUCCCUGCCCCUGUCCGGGGGGGCCGCGGAAGCGGCGACGGACCACCUUCAGCCAGGGGCAGCUGUCGGAGCUGGAGCGGGCCUUCGCCGCCGUGCCCUACCCGGACAUCGCCACCCGGGAGCGCCUGGCCGAGCUCACCCAGCUGCCCGAGGCCAAGAUCCAGGUCUGGUUCCAGAACCGCCGCGCCCGCAGGAUCCGCAGCACCAAACCGGAGCCGCCGCUGCUGCCGCCGCCGCCCGGGGAGUGGGGUCCCCCCGCGGCACCCCCUGAUGACACCGCCCUGGGCCCGGCCCCCACCCUGCCUCCACCGGGAGCCCGCAGCCCCGCUCGGGGCCCCCCCACCUCGCUGGGCUCCAUCUCCGACCUCAUCUACAGCGCAGCCAUCACCAACCUGGGCGAGCCGUAGCCAUGGCGGGGAUCCCUCCCAGCACCGGGGACCCCCCUCCAUGGCACCGAGACCCCUCGGCUUAGCGCCACGAUUUCAUUAGUGUGCGGAAUUACUGCCGGUCCUAAAGGUCCUGAGGAUGUCAUCCAAUAUCCUAAAUGCUGGUGCGGCUGUGGCGGGGUCAGCUCCCCAUCAGCCCCCUAAUACCAACUAAUCUUUUGGAAAAAAUACCUUAAUCUGAGGCCGUAUCCGCGGAUGAUUGUGGCGCGGCCGCCCCUAAUCCGCAGGCACGUUCGCAGGUGCCGGCAGAUCUCCCCGUAUCGGAUAUUAAAGCGUGUUUGCAGAGGGGCUUAGCUGCCAUCAGAGCAUUAAUCACCGUGUCCGGCCCUGGCAGGGCGCCCACCCGGCAGGUGUCCGGGUCCACGGGGCCCGACAGUGCCAGCCUCGUCGCCCCCUCCCCGUCGUGGGUGCACCAGGCUGGCUCCGUUCUCGGCUCUGUGGCACUCGAGAAGCCCCUGGGCUCUGUGUUGAGGCACUUCCCUUCCCUACCCAGAGAAGCGGAGCACCUUUUGGCAGGGGAAGCAGAGAGCCACGCAGCCCUGGCUGCCCCAGCAAGGGCAGGCAAAGG